AUACUGCUUCAUCCUCAUUACAUUGCAGUGGCAGCCAAGGAACCAAACAGGCCUGAUCAGCGAAGACAAGAGACACUAAAAAGACGCUUUACCUUCCCCGAGAAGGCGAGAAGAAUUCCCUGGACCCUGCAAUAUUUUUCUUGAUGGCAAGGGUAAGAAGAAGAAGGCAGGACCGGUGGUCCCACGGUAGGAGUGCGAGGAAGAGCAAAGGCAAGGCAUUUGAUUUCCCGCCAUGUCCCCACUAUACUCUCCUCUGAACCUCUCAAGCCGCAAGGCAAGAACAAAGAAUUAACGGCGGGGUCCGCCCGAGCAGAGCUGCUGUGCGAUCGCGGAUACUUAAGCCGUCCAUCCAUGGCGAAAUCGAGAGCCGCAAGCGAAGGACAGAGGUAAUAGAGAUCCAUUCCAGACGUAAAUUAAGCUGAUCGGAUGGGCCGAGCGUUCGCGUACGUGAUCCUGGGCGGCGGCGUGGCCGCGGGCUACGCGGCGCUCGAGCUCGUCCGCCACCGCAACGGCGUCUCCCCCGGCGAGCUCUGCAUCAUCUCCGACGAGGCCGUCGCUCCUUAUGAACGCCCUGCACUAAGCAAAGGCUAUCUGCUCCCACGAGGCGCUGCUCGUCUUCCAGCGUUUCAUACCUGCGUUGGUGCCAACGAUGAGUUGCUCACAGAACAAUGGUACAAAGAACACGGUAUCGAACUUGUUCUUGCGACAAGGGUGAUUUCUGCUGAUUUGCGGCGCAAGACGCUGCUCACUGAUACUGGAGAAACUAUCAGCUACAAAACACUCAUCGUCGCGACAGGUGCUCGGGCCUUGAAACUGGAGGAAUUUGGAGUCGGCGGUUCGCAUGCCGCAAACGUCUGCUAUCUGCGCAAUCUCGAGGAUGCCGAUAAAAUGGUGGGUGUGAUGAGAUCAUGCCAUGGUGGAAGUGCUGUUGUGAUCGGUGGUGGGUACAUAGGAAUGGAGUGCGCGGCGGCUUUGGUUGCCCAUGAGAUCAAGGUCACCAUGGUUUUCCCCGGAAAACACUGCAUGGAUCGUCUGUUUACACCGAAAAUCGCUGAAUUUUAUGAGAAGUACUACACCGCGAAAGGGGUUGCUUUCAUCAAAGGAACUGCGGUUACAUCCUUGGAGGUCUCAGAUGGGAAGGUGACAGAAGCGAUUCUGCGAGACGGCAGGCGCCUUCCCUGCGACAUGGUGGUGGUCGGCAUCGGCGCCCGCGCCAACACGGGCCUCUUCGACGGGCAGCUGGCCACGGAGAAGCGCGGCGGGAUCAAGGUGGACGCGCGGAUGCGGGCCAGCGACGCCGCCGUGUACGCCGUGGGCGACGUGGCCGCGUUCCCCGUCGCGCUCUUCGGCGGCGACCUCCGCCGGUUCGAGCACGUCGACUGCGCGCGCCGGACCGCCCGCCGCGCCGCCUCUGCUAUUCUGCAGGAUCCCGCCGCCUCCAAUGGGGAUAACGCCAAGGAGGAGGGGUUCGACUACCUGCCCUUCUUCUAUUCAAGGGUGUUCGCGCUCUCGUGGCAGUUCUACGGCGACAACGCAGCCGGAGACGCCGUGAUCCACUUCGGGGACUUCUCGCCGGGCCCCGCCGCGCCCAGGUUCGGCGCGUGCUGGGUGGGCGCCGGAGGCCGGGUCGGCGGCGUGUUCCUCGAAGGCGGGACCCGGGAGCAGAGCGAGUCGGCGGCGAGCGCGGUCCGGCGCGGGGCCACCGUCGCGGAGCUGGCGGGCGAGCUCGAGAGGCGCGGGCUCACUUUUGCCGUUGACCCGGAGGGGCGGCUGCGUCGUGAUUGCAUUGCUGCCGGUGGGUACGCGUGGCACGCGACGGUGGGCGUCGCCGCGGCGGUGUCCAUCGCGGCGUUCGUGUACUGGUACGGCUGGAAGGCGCCCUACGUGCUCAAACGAGACUUCUGAAUCAAGCUGCCUACGGCCGGCCGGAGUCAAAUAAUGCACUGUACUCUAUCUGCUGGGAUGAAAUGCUAGCCAUUGGUUCAGAAGUUCAAAUGUAAAUAUGUACGAUGUAUCCAAAUCAGAAAUCACUCUCAAUAUAUAUGCAAGGAUGAAAAUGAAGAAAUAGUGGUUGCACUUGCACAUGA